AUGGAGGAGGAAAAUUAAUACGAAAAGGAACUCACUAAAUUAGCAAAUUACUUAGAAACUGAAAAAAAUUUGAAAAUUUUAAAGAAGGAUGGAGGAAAAGGCGGUUUCGGUACUGUUUUGUUUGUUGAAGACACUUAAAAGAAUGCUAAAUAUGCUGUGAAAGCUUAGUAUGUUGGUGAUUCAAACAAUUAGAAAAUUGACUAAGCUAAACUUUAAAGUUGCUAGAGAGAGGCUCAAAUCAUGAGAGAGUGUAGUCAUAAAAAUAUUAUUGAGCUUAGAGACGAAUAUGUUAUUGAUCUAUAUCACUUCAUUUAGAUGGAUUUAUGCGAAUUUUCUCUCGAAGGCUGGAUCAAAAAGAAUGGUACUAAGCAUAUCCCUUACGCUAAUUUUACAUACUAUGCUUAGUAGAUAAUCGAUGGCGUUGAAUAUUUACACAAUCAAAAUUAUAUUGUUAGAGAUCUCUCAGUCAGAAAUAUACUUAUUAAUAAGGCUGGAGUUGUUAAGCUUUGCGAUUUUGGUUUGGCUAAAAAAACUUAAAGUGCAUAGUAUUCUAUGUAGUUUUCAGCAGCAGGUCCUAAGGGAGUUUUCGCUUAUUUCCCUCCAGAGGUUCUCAAAGAAGGAUCAUAAGAAGUGAAACAAAGCAAAGAGGCAGACAUAUGGGCAUUGGGUAUAUGCCUGAAACUAUUUGGUGGGCUUCAGAUCCAAAAAGUUAUGUAUUUAGUUAGUUGCUCUGAAUUUGAUAAAUUGAUUGCUUUUGAUUCUCCUAAUCUUGAUGCAAAAUGUAAUAAACUCAUUCAAUAUAUUUUAAUAUGCGAUCCUAAACAAAGACCAAAUAUAAAUCAAAUUCGUGAAAAGAUGCAUUAAUGGUUUAUUGAAAAUAUUGAUGAUGAAGGAAACUAGUUUGAGGAAGAGCAAGAUUUUAUGAAGCAUCCUUCAAUCAACGAUGAUAGUGAAUAAAGUUAAGCAAGCACUAAUAUUAUUAUUUCUAGCAAAUCAAGCAAAUAAUCUUCUUAAUUUUUAAAUUCUACUUAAUAAGAUGAAUUCAGCAAUAUCUUCUCCAAUAACUUAAAAAGUAAUAACUCAAAUCAGUACUCCAAUAAUUCUAAAUAGUAUUCAAAUAAUUCCAAAUAGUAUUCUAAUAAUUCCAAGUAGUUCUCUAAUAACUCUAAGUAAUUUAAAUCUUCUGGAGCAAGUUCUAGAUUAAUAGACUUUAACUAUUUGGAGGCUGAUAGUUUGAUUGAAAAGUACAAAAAAAACUUAAAAAAUAGUCCAGAUAAUAUUAAUUAUUUGAUAACCCUAGGAUUUCUCGAAGCUUGUGCAAAUUGUAACUUUAAAAAGGCUGAAUAAUAUUUCUAAGAUGCGCGUGAUAUUGAUGAAGAUGAUGUAGAUUGCAUGCUUGGAUAGUCUCACAUUAUUAUCUUGAAUUGCUUGAAGCGCAAAUAUAAACUUAUUCAAAACUAUUUAGACAAGUGCUUAACUAUUUAAUAAAAUUACUGGAGAAUUCAUUACUAUCAAUCUUGGUUGUAUUUCUUGUAAUAAAAAUAUUAACUAUCAAACGAAUCUUUGCAAACAGCUUUAGGUCUAGAGCUUAAUUCACCUUAAAUUUACUCACUAAAAGCAGUUUUAUCUUGUAUUUAAGGAAAUAACUAGCUUGGCUUGAGUGAAAUCGAGAAGGCUAUUUAACUAAAUAAGGACUAAAACGAUCCACAAAUCUUAUUUAGAAAAGGAUAUAUUUAUCAUAAAAUUUUGAAAAAUUAGAAGGAAUCUUUAGCUGCUUAUAAAGAGGCUCUAGAUAUUUGCUAAAAAGAUAUGAUGACUUUAUUUAACAUUACAUAACUUUACAAUGAAUAACAGAAUAAUAUUUAAGCAGAAAGUUUUGGACAAAAGGCUCUUCAACUUUAUCCUAAUAGUAGUUACAUAAACUACCUCCUUGGAAGUAUAUAACAAUCUAAAGAUGUGGCUAUCAAGUAUUAUUAGAAAGCAGUGGAAGCAGACUCUGGAGAUAUUGAUUCUUUAGAAGCUAUUGCAAAAAUCUAUGUGGAAAGAAAUUUAUAUCCUCAAGCAAUUUAAUAUUACGAAACAAUUUUAGAAUCUGAUGUUGUGAAUGUAGAUCUUCUUAUUUAAAUUGGAUACUUAGAAAUGGAAAAAACAAAAAGAUAUGACAGAGCUUAAAUUUACUACAAAAGAGCCUUAGAACAAAAUCCUAACAUGGUUAACGCAUAGAUUUGUUUAGGUUUUAUUCAUAAGUAGAAAAACGAAGAUUAAUUAGCUGCUUAGGAAUUCUAAAAAGCUAUUCAAAUCGACCCAAAUAGCCAUAGAGCAUACUUGGAAUUAGGAAUUGUAAAUCUAAAAAUGAAGAAAGAUGAUGAAGCAAUAUCAAAUUUUUUGAAAGCAUAUAAUUUAAAUAAAGAUGAACCUAUAGCUUCUUUUUAACUUGGAAUUAUAUACAAAGAUAAAAAAAUGUACCCUUAAGCAAUACCAUACUUUGAGAAUGCAAUAAGAAUAAAUCCUAAAGAUAUUACCUCACUUCUUUUUGCAGCAAAUUGUGAAUAUGAAAUAUGCCAAACAAGUGAUAAGCUGAUAAAGUAUCUGAAAACUGCUCUUGAGUUAAAUACAAACCUACCAGAUGCAUAUAGAAUGUUAGGAGACUGCUUUUAUUAAAAGGAUGAUCGUUAACAAGCAGAAUUUUAUUUGCGCAAGACUAUUGAAUUUUCAAAAAUUGGUCUUGAAAAAGCUUACUAUCAAUUGGGCUAGAUAAAAACUGAUCAAGAAAAAUUAGAUGAAUGCAUCUAUUUCUAUAGGAAAUGUCUAGAAUUUAAUCCAAAUCAUUUUGGAGCUAAUUAUUUUAUUGCUAUGGCUUACCGUGAUAAAGAUGCAUAUUAAAUUGUAUUUAGCAUUUCUUAAAAGCACUUACUUUAGAUCCUAAACAUAUAUCUACUACUUUUAACUUAGGAUAUUGUUAUAGAAAUGGUUUCAAAAACCUUUAGCUCGCUAAAGAAUAUUACUAAAGAACAAUUUAACUUGACCCAAAACAUUUUUUAUCUUACUACAAUCUAGGAGGGAUUUAUGAAGACUAACUUAAUGUUAGAGCAGCUUAUGAGAGUUACCAGAAAGUGUUAGAGCUAAACCCAAAUUACAAGAAUGCAAAAAAAUGUUAAGAUUAUAUCAACUAGAAUUAAAGAUACGUAAAAAAUCUGA